GGUAACGUCGGUAGCGCCAUCAUCAACGAGCUUCUAAAAGAUGGGCCACACUUCAACAUCACCGCCAUCAUUCGCCCAACAUCCACAUACACGGCUCCUCCGAACUCAAGCAUUAUUACGAAGAUCGCAGACUUCACCUCUCUUUCUUCUCUUGCUGAUGCUCUGGAAGGCCAUGACGCCGUUGCAAAUUGUAUCUCAGGUGGAGCAACGCAGUUCGAGCCCAUGAAGCUCAUCAUCGAUGCCGCGAUCGCCGCAGGCGUCAAGUUCUUCUUUGCAGAUGAAUAUGUCGGGAACUUGAUGUGUGACCAGUUCAAAAGACUACCAGAAUCUUUCGCCGGAGCUAAGAUUAGGAUUCGAGGCUAUCUUGAAGAGCUCGGCAGGCAAGGCAAGAUUCAGUGGACUGCGUUAAACGGCGGACCGUUCUUUGACAUGUGGCCCGCCGGCUUCAACAUCCCAGCUCGCCAGGCUAGAAUCUAUGGCACAGGAAACAACCCCAUCUGCUGGACACCCCUACCGACCAUCGCGCUCGCAGCAGCGAACAUGCUGCGCAACCCCGCACCCGCCAUCAAUCGCCCAAUCUACAUCAACGGCGUCCAGAACCUCACGCAAAACGCCCUGCUCUCCGCGGUCGAAACGGUAGUCGGAGAAAAGCUCACCGUCGAGCAAGUCGAUGUCAAUAAAAUCAACAAGCACGCCCUCAUUGCCCUAGAGCGUGGGGAAAUCGAAAAGGCGAUGAAGGGUCUCACGAUUAGUAAUCAAUUCUACGAUGGGGACAACUGGAGUUGGGAAGGUGUAGUAAUGGAGAACGAACUUGUGGGCGUGGAGCCGGUGAGUGUGGAGGCUGCAGUCGAACAGGCAAUCGAGAAAUGGGGAAAAGAUUGUCCAGUUGUAGAAGCUAUGUUUCGGGUUGAAGCUUGUGACAUUUGA